AUGAAGCUCCUCAGCCUCCUCCUCAUGACACUUGCAGCAACCUUCGCAACAGCAGCCGACGACUGCCUCAAUGGGGGAGAUGCCUGUGCCGGCAGCACCAAACCCUGCUGCGGCGAUCUACACUGUGGACCCUCGUCACCGCAGAACAGCGGCACCCUUAUCUGCAAAUAA